GGAUCCGACAAGUUCGACCCGUUUGUUAUAGAAUAGGCAUAAUCCUCCGUUACACUGCCGCUGUUUUACUGAGAAAAAUUGAGAAUGGCGAGAAGGCGAUUGUUGCUGUUAUUAAAGCCAUUCGAUGUGUUACCAUCACGCCAAUUUGAUGACAGUUCUCAUUUCAGAAACCCUAAGUUAUUGCAGGUAUUAAAAUAUUUAGACAGUAGAUGUCUGGUUCACAAGGACGCUAUAAACUUCUGUCAGAACAUUUUGAGGAAAAAGUUUGUCGAUUGGGAAGCUGUUUAUCGUUUUAAUCUAUGUCGGCCGAUCCGUGAUGUAGAUUUAGUAGUUACAAUAGGGGGAGAUGGUACAUUACUGCAGGCAAGCCAUUUUAUGGAUGAUUCCAUUCCUGUUCUAGGAGUAAAUUCUGACCCAACUCAAGCAGAAGAGGUUGAAGAUUACAAUGAAGAAUUUGACGCUACAAGGAGUACAGGAUAUCUUUGUGCGGCAACUGUCAAGAACUUUGAACAAAUAAUAGAUGAUAUCCUUGAAAAUCAUGCUAGACCUUCUGAAGUCUCAAGGAUGUCAGUCACUCUCAACUCAAAGCAACUUCCGACUUACGCAUUAAAUGAUAUUUUAAUUUGCCAUCCUUGCCCUGCUACAGUGUCUCGAUUCUCAUUCAGUAAAAAGAAAGAGGACCAGUCUUCUUCUUCUAUGGUGCAUUGCAGAUCAAGUGGACUUAGAGUGUCAACAGCUGCUGGGUCAACAGCUGCAAUGCUUUCAACUGGUGGAUUUGCAAUGCCAAUUUUGUCCCAAGACCUCCAGUAUAUAGUGAGAGAACCCAUUUCUCCUGGAGCUUAUAAUAGCCUGAUGAACGGUACUGUGAAGCCUGAGGAGUUGAUGGAGAUUGCAUGGUAUUGCAAAGAUGGGCUGAUUUAUAUCGAUGGCUCUCAUCUUAUUCACUCUGUUCAACAUGGGGAUAUCAUUGAACUCUCUUCCAAAGCUCCAAAAUUGAAAGUUUUCUUGCCAUCUCACUUGAUAUCAUGAGAGUACAUAACAGAAUUGAACUCUUGUAAAUUUGCUUACAUGAAGGUGUA